AUGAUUGACAGACUAGUCCAGGUCCUCACGGUGUCCGGCAAGGGAGCCGUGGGGCGCGACGCGGCACUGGCCUGCAGCGUACUUCCAGAGAAUGCGACUGUCGAGUGGGUGUACAAGCAGGCGCCGGUCAAGUUGAGCGACAGAAUCAAACAAAAAGACGAGGAGCGCGCGCUCCCAGAAAAAGACGUCGACGGCAACGUGAAGAAGUUCAAGGUGUCCAACUUGACCAUCAGCAACGCCACCUCGGCGGACGCGGGCAACUACAGCUGUGUGGCGAGGGUUGGGGACCAGGCGGCGGAACACUUGGUCGUGCUGGACCUGGCCUUUCCAGGGAAGCUUGUGAAGAAAACUGACGGCCCGAUUAGGAGGAAUUCUACGGACUCGAAUAAUGUCACGCUGCAGUGUGUUUUUGAAGUGUACAAAUCAAGCGAAGUGAAAUGGUGGAAACGCGACAAAGACGAAGACACCAUCGACUUAGAGACGAAAGUGCCGAAGCAACUCAACCUGAAACACAUCGAGAGCACAUACGAAUUCCCCAUCAAGCGGCCAGAGGAUAACGGCACUUAUGUGUGCCAAGUCUACGAUUCUGUCACCGAAAGAAAUAUAUCUGGCGAAGUGGAUAUAAUAGUUCUAGCAGCGCCUAAGGUUAUAAUUGACUCUGUCAAAGCCAUAAGCGCUUCCCAACUAUUUAUCAACUGGACAGUCCACGCUUACAACCUACCAAUCAAAGGGUAUAACCUAAUGUACCGUCGACUGCCAUCUUCCGACUACAACCAGUACACCAGAGAAAAAAUCGGGAUAAAAAACACUUCGUUCGUCAUGGAAGGUUUAGAUAACUCCACUGAAUAUCAGCUUAAACUGGAAGUGACUACAACGUACGGGUCAAGCAACCCAUAUGUCUACCCUCAGAUAGUGAAAACAUUGGAGAAGAAUCCGAUAUUUGUCCCGAAUAUCUCUAUCAAUGGCUUCUCGGCCACGUCAGUGACGAUUGGCUGGGCGGCUCCACCUGAAGACAUAGCCGAGUAUAUCCACUACUACCUUCUAGAAGCUCGGAAGAAGGACGAGGGGGUGCCAAAGAAGGCGUAUCAUUCGCGGGACAGCAGAAAUUUGCCGUACAUGUUUGAUGAUCUGGAGCCGCAUAGCACUUAUGUUUUUAGGGUAUGCGCGUGUUCAGAAUUCACCCAGAAGUGCGGCAACUGGUCCCUAGAACUUGAGGCGGUGACUCUGGACGGCACCCCGGGCCGGCCCAGCGACGUCUCCGCGCGGUGUUAUGAAGGGGACGCCAGAAGUCGGUUUUUGAACCUCACCUGGGCCCCGCCGCUGAAGCCUAAUGCCGAGAUCAAGGGGUAUACGGUGGAAGUGACAGGCAAUGCGACGUACAUCGAUCGGUUCGGAUUCCAAAAGUUCGACACCUUCGGGCCUAUUCCCAAGUUUGUCACGAAUGCUUCUAGGAGCGUCAGAUUCGACGACCUCAAACCGAACACCAACUACACCAUAAAGCUGAGCGCCAUGACCCGCACGCGGCGGCGCGGCGAGGAGGAGACGCGCCACUGCCGCACCGCGCCCGCGCCGCCCGCGCAGCCGCCGCGCCCCAAGUGGUGGAAGAUAAUAGAGAACGAUAGAUUCAUGUUCAAGAUGUUCCUACCGAGGAUAUCUGAACGCAACGGACCUAUCUGCUGCUACAGAGUUUACAUGGUCCGGCUACCACCAAACUUUGACUGGAAGAACUUGACGGCGCCAAAAGACCUCCAAGUUAUAAGUUACGAAGAAGCGCAUUCAGUGCAACCGACCUUUGGAGCUUACAUGACCGAUAUAUUUAACAAUGAAAAGUACCCCCCGGAAUACGAGCUAAUAAUGGGCGAUGACAAGACGAUGGUGGUGAAUGGAUUGUGCAAUAAAUGUACAAAGCGCCCGCGCAGACCUCCGCCGCCACCGCCGCCGCAAAUAUACACUACCCCGGCUACCACUACCAAGGACGAGUUUGCGCUAUUCGAAGAGAGCGACACAACGGCGGAACCGGAAGUGGAAGAGAAGAAGGAGAAGAGGUCAUUCAGGAGCGAGAAUAGACACUACAGCAAGGACCCUAUGAUGAGCGACCGACUGGCGGAGGACUUGGAAGAAGACGCGGAGGUGCGCGACGGCGCGCUCGACUCACACUCCAACUACACGCUGUUUGUGGAGCUCAUGCCGGGUGGUGAUGAUGACGAGCCAAUGUACAGCGAGUACUUAAACGUGCUGAUGCCGGCGCCGAGCCCGCCCGCGCCCAGACCCGUCAACGUACUCGAAAUUGUGUUGCAGAUAACAUGCGGAAUCCUAGCCCUAGUCCUGAUAGCAAUGAUAGCAUUCUGCAUCAUGCACACUCGGAAAGCGAGGAAGAUGCCGCCUCACGCGCACGUCGAAAUGAACCCUAUACAGGUGGCAUUAAGAUACGUAGUAGAGCAAGUGCUAAGCAGCCGCGGCGGCACGCACACGGGCGCCCCUCCCCCCGACCUGCCGCCCAUCCCCCGCGCGCUCCUCCCCGCCGCCUGGGCCGAGAGGCACCGCGACACCGACCUCGGCUUCCAGAAGGAGUUCGAGAUGCUGCCCGACUGUUUCCCCGACCGUACUACGCAUGCGUCGGAGGCUCGGGAGAACCAAUCAAAGAACAGAUAUCCAGACAUCAAGGCCUAUGACCAGACCAGAGUGAAGUUGCAGCAGAUUGAUGGGAUUGUCGGAUCGGAUUAUAUAAAUGCUAACUAUGUGAUGGGGUAUAAGGAACGCAAGCAGUUCAUCUGCGCCCAAGGCCCCACCGAUGCCACCGUGGACGACUUCUGGCGCAUGGUGUGGGAGCACGGGCUCGAGCUGAUCGUGAUGCUGACCAACCUCGAGGAGUACAGUAAAGUGAAGUGCAGUAAAUACUGGCCGGAUGAGCUGCGCGGCUCGCGCGCGUUCGGAGCCAUCACUGUGACGCACGUUGAGGAGAAACGGUACUCUGAUUACGUAGUGAGAGAGCUGAAGAUAAGCAAGCAGCCGACCAACUCGGACGGACAACCCAUCAUGGAAACCAACGGGUUCAAACGGAACGGUGAACAAGGCAUGACUACCGGCAGCGCGACGGCGUCCCCGCGCUCGGGCCGCGGCGGCGCGCGCAGAGUGCGUCAGUACCACUUCCUCAUGUGGAAGGACUUCGCCGCACCUGAGCAUGCUCACUCGAUACUCAAGUUUAUCAAUCGCAUGAACGAAGCGGCGGCGGCUCUGAGCGGGCGGCCGAUAGUCGUGCACUGCUCCGCGGGUGUUGGCCGCACCGGCACAUUGGUGGCGCUGGACUGCCUGUUACAACAGCUACGGGCGGAGGACCAGGUGUCGGUGUUCAACACGGUGGCGGAACUACGGCGGCAAAGAAACUUCGCUGUGCAGUCUUUGAAACAAUACGUCUUCGUGUACCUCGCCCUAGUCGAAUACGCCCACUUCGGCGACACGGAGAUCCCGGCGGCGCGGCUCAAGGCGGCCGUGGACCGUCUCCGCAACACGCCCGAGGGGCAGGACAAGUGCCUCAUGGAGCACGAGUUUGAGAAGAUGCUAUCCAGCCCCAUAGCCGAACCUCUCAAGUCUUGCGCAGCGGGCAUGGGGGAAGAACUCCGGGCCAAGAACCGCAGCCAGGAGUUCCUGCCGUACGACCGCAACCGGGUGAUCCUGACGCCGCUGCCCGGCCAGGACUUCUCCACGUAUAUUAAUGCGUCUUUUAUUGAAGCGUACGACAACUCCGAAGGCUUUAUCAUCACGCAGGACCCACUGCCGAACACCAUCACCGACUUCUGGCGGAUGGUGUCCGAGCACAGCGUGUCCACUAUUGUGAUGCUCAGCGAGAUAGGCGAAGGCGAUCGCAAGUGCCCGCGAUACUGGGACGACAACACGGCUACAUACGACCACAUCUCCGUGCAGUAUGAGGACACCGAGUCUCUGCCGUAUUACACGAGGAGGCAGUUCCGAGUCACUAAUAAUAAGACAGGCGACGUGACCCUAGUAAAACAACUCCAAUACCACGGCUGGCCCACGGCGCCGGGCCACGUGCCCGAGGUGACGCGCGGGCUGGCCGAGCUCGCCGACGCCGCCGCGCCGCGCCCGCACACGCCGCUGUGCGUGCACUGCACCUACGGCACAGAACGCUCGUCCAUGUUCGUGGCGCUCUGCAUCCUCAUCAGCCAGCUGAGGGCCGAGCGGCGCGUGGACGUGAACUGCGUGGCCAGGAAGGUGCGGAGCCAGCGCGCCGGCACCAUCGACACUGUUUUGCAAUACGAAUUCCUCCACCGUGCCAUACUGAACUACGCGGAGCUCCACAAUCUGAUGGAAGACAGCUAAACGCGGAGACGCAUCCAAAACGGUACAGUAACGUCAUUUAUAAAAUGAUAACUUUAGUGGCCACUUAAAUGUUCAAUGUAUGACAUUGAUUGUCUGUUUUUAAACAUUUGUAGUGUCUAUGGUAAACACUUUGUUCGUAUACCGAUGGGGCUGAAGUAAUUUAAUGCAAAAGUGUAAUUUAAAUAUAAUUUUUCAAUUUAUCUUUGAUCAAAUGCCAAAUUGGUAUGCCCCAAUAAAAAAACGUACUACUUUUUGUAUGAAUAUUUUUUUACAAACAAUCCAUGAUGAUUGAUGAUUUUUGUUGAUUUUAUAAAAUAAUUAUACAGUUUUGUUUCUAAACUUA